GCUACAGAUGAGAGUUAUAAAAUUGACAGCUGAUAAAUUCACAACAUUUUCAAAGCACCACCGCUGACCCAAAAAGCACCACUAUGGACGUUCUAUAUCCUAAAGGCUUUAAUCUUUCUUCGAUCGAAAAAUGUAUGAUCGACUAUGACUGCCACUUCAUCGCAUACGAAGAUGACGAAGCAAUCAAUUCUAGACUAGGCACGGAUUUCGUAAUUCUGCAAGAAACAUGCUUCAUUGCUCAUGUUAGUCGUGCUUCUACUGGUUAUGCUAACGAAGAAGAAUUCAAGUGUGACUACGAUUGUCGCAAUCGUGUCAUGAAAGAUUUAUAUCCGAACAAAUGGGAGCGCUCUUUUCAAUUUGAUCUCGAAACAGUUGAUGGUGUCAUUCAUAACACUUCACCGCCUUACCUGCUCUUCACAAAUGAAUGCAUACGGGGUUAUAGCUCAGAUCAUAAUACUAUCAUCGCAAAUUAUACUAGAGUUGAUAUACCCAAGUUUGCAGAAAUGAUCAAGUCCAAACCGUGCAAUGACAAGUUCUUCGUUGUAUACCUCGGAGAUGACCAAUAUAUAUGCUGUAACACGCGAACCCUCGAAACAUACGAAUACAAGUCAGUGAUCAAAUAUCGUGUCAUUCAGAUACUAUGUGGCGAGUCUGAUGAUCCAUUCAUCCAAUUGAAAUCUGAAUACGAACAACUCAGUUCGAUCAAUCCACUACCAAAGUUCUCUGAUUUCCAAUUGAAGGACAUUGAAGGACAACCUGUAUUAGAAAAUACAGAUUAUCGUCUUGAAAUGUAUGAUUAUGACGAGGAAGUUUUGGAUAUGCAUGAUUCUAAGCUUUACGCAACCUAUUAUCGGAAUGCAACGGGCAUGAUGGUCGUCCAGUGCUCUAUUAUCGAUGGAAUAUAUUACCUUGUUCGGAAGAACAGAUACUUACACAGUGCGGAGGAUUAUAAAUAUACUGUGAGCUUCACCGAUCAAAUUCCGGUCAAACACCAGAGGCUACAAUUUCAAGUCACAGAGAAAAACACAUUAAAGAUAGUUCAAUGGAAUCAACUUAACUACCUCACAGCGUGUUCGGUAACCUCUAAUUAUACCGAUAUAUCGCUGGAAGCAGGAAAUGAUGAUCACCUUGAAUUGUACUUAAAAAGGUUAUAGAACCCCCCGCCAUCAAUAAAUGUGUAAAAAAAAUUACAGUUCAAC